AUGGCGGAAAUGUUCAACAAUGGAGGCAUUUCCAGGGUAUUUGGAAGACCUCGGCUGCUGGAGGUAGUCGUCUGGGAAGAUGCAGCAGUUCCCCAAACUGCCACGGGGGAGAGUUCCUACCGAAUUGGGACUCUGCGCGACGCUCUUCGGGAAGGCGCUUGGCGGGCAGGGAAAGGAAGCUGGAUCCUCGACGAAAAGGAAAUCUUACCUGAACUCGAUAUCCCGAAUCUGUCCUUGAACAAGGGGAUUGAAGGGAGCAGCCAGGGCUGGUUCUAUGCUGCUGCUGGGUUGGGGCUUGGGUUACAAGUAGGGGUGCUUGUAUACGCUGCAGUAACUGUUUAUAUCUACCCGGUACAUUUCAAGAAAGACGGGAGCUUGGUCGUAAGCUAUGCUUUCCCUCUGUUUUUCUGUGGGUCCAUCUUACUUUCCAUUGGAAUGUUUCUGUGCGCCUUUAUCAUCGAGCGCUCUUCUACUGAAUGCUACAUUCGUCCUGCAGCGCCCAGUAAGAUCUACUGGUUACAGCCCGGAGAAAAAGAUGUCGGUGACCAAGUCUUCGGAGCCUUCCUCGGGGUGAAUGAGGGACCGAAAUCCGAGGCGACUGAGGACCUUAUGUAUAUCAAAUCGGUCAGAAGCCCUGGAACUUUCGGAAAUGGCCCCUUGCUGCUAUUCACUUUGACAUCCACAAUGGUUGGGUUUGUCAUUCAAUUCGUCGGUAUCCGAGGGCUUCGUGAUUCUGGCAGAAAUGGGCGCUACUCUCCUAAUGUCCAUUAUCAGAGCCUGUCUCCGGACUAA